AUGUAUGGUUUAAAAAAAAAAAUUUCUAGUUUAUUUAAACCACAACAAUCUCAUCAACCAUCAUCAUCACCAUUAUCACCAGUACAACAACUAUUCAAAAUUAAUUAUAGUUUUAAUUGUGUUACAUUAUAA